AGUCUUCCACGCAUAUAUAUAUAUACACACACACACACAUCUCUCUCUCUCUCUCUCUCUCUCUCUCUGGGGAAGGAACUGAAAAUGGCGGUCCCUGUGAUUGACUUCUCCAAGCUCAACGGCGAAGAAAGGGCCAAGACUCUGGCUGAAAUAGCUCGCGCUUGCGAAGAAUGGGGGUUUUUCCAGCUGGUGAAUCAUGGAAUUGCAGAGGAAUUGUUGGAGAAGGUGAAGAAGCUUGCGUCGGAAUGCUACAAGGAGAGAGAGGAAGGGUUCAAGAGCUCGAAGGCCGUGAAGAUGCUCGACGAUUUGCUUCAGAGAAACUCAUUUUCUGACGAGAAGCUUGAAAACGUCGACUGGGAAGAUGUUUUCACUCUCUUGGAUCACAACGAGCACGAGUGGCCUUCCAACACUCCCGAUUUCAAGGAGACAAUGAAAGAGUACAGGGGAGAGAUAAGGAAGCUAGCGGGCAAGAUGAUGGAAGUGAUGGAUGAGAACUUGGCUUUACCUAAAGGGUACAUCAAGAAAGCCUUCAACGAAGGAAUGGAAGAUGGAGAAGAGACAGCCUUUUUCGGUACCAAAGUCAGCCACUAUCCACCGUGCCCUCAUCCUGACCUCGUCCCUGGCCUCCGAGCCCACACCGACGCUGGAGGAGUGGUCUUGCUCUUCCAGGACGACCAAGUGGACGGUCUCCAAGUCCUCAAGGACGGUGUCUGGAUCGAUGUUCAGCCAUUACCCAACGCCAUUGUCAUCAACACUGGUGACCAGAUUGAGGUCCUCAGCAAUGGCAGGUACAAGAGCGCAUGGCACAGAGUGUUGGCCAAGAAAGACGGUAACAGAAGGUCGAUAGCGUCAUUUUACAACCCGUCUUACAAGGCAACGAUCGGACCGGCCAAGGAGCUGAGCGAGAAGGCAAAGGAGGAAGAAGCUAAGUAUCCAAAGUUUGUGUUUGGAGACUAUAUGGAUGUCUACAGUGAGCAGAAGUUCACGCCUAAGGAGCCCAGGUUCCAAGCUGUCAAGGCUCUGUAAUCAUUUUAUAAAACUAUGAGAAAUCAUAAUCUUAUGAUUUGACAUUUAUCAGAUUUUUAAUCAAAUAUGUACCAUGAAAUUGUGUACUCAAGUUUGGUGUUUUUUUUUGUCUUUUUUGUUUCUUUUUUUUUUUUUAAUUAUCUUAUAUUUGUUUUGUUUUUAGCAAGAGAUGUUUCACUUGAACAUCUGAAGUGUUCCCAUCUGUAUUAUUGGCUUUGAGCACGUGCUUUUUUUUUUUA